AUGACUCUUGACGAGACGAGUGUCGUCGACCAGACCGCGGAUCGUGGAUCGGACCACUUUUGGUUCCCUGGAGGUAGAGCGUGUGCUGGGAUUGUCGGCGCUGCUAGUUGGGUAGGCAACUGCGUUGCGUUUACGGGUCCAGAAAACCAUAGUGUUAGGGUCGUUGCCCGUAACUUACUAUUGACUGUCGCUUUCGUAGCCUUCGCCCUUGUCAUUCAAUUCGGGGAAGUGAAAUCGGAAUGCCGUCACUGGUGUUGGAUCAUGAUUACGCUGGCUGUGGAUUCUAAUAUCAUUACUUUAGCCGACGACAACAACGUCGUUUUCGAACCUAACCGCACGGAUAAUCUCUCGCCAGCCUGUGGCGAUAUCCUCGGUGCUCAGUGUAGUCUGAACCUUGGAACUGACUUGGUUUCAAGCGCUAUCGAGCUUGCCAAAGAGCCCGCCAAUCAAGCUACAACCUGCUCAUCAAUCGCGUCAGCAGUUCAGUCAAACUUCCCAAGCAGCUGUACCAUCGCUUCACCACAAGUUCACGGAUUCCCUCUCACGGGUGCUGGUGCAGCUGAGCCACUGAGCUCCUCUGAGAACAGCACCUCAAAUUGCCACCCUACGAUUCUACGGUCCAAUCAGCUUACCCGCGUGGCGUCGUACAAGAUCUCGGCAUCUGUGUAUUACAACGAAACUGCCCCUGCCACUCUAGGAGAGACACCUGUCAUGUCGUUGUUUUUGAUGCAGGAUGGCACGAACUUGUCAACGAUUGAGAGCCCCAGUGUGAAUUUCCAGUGUUUAUUUGCCAGCGCCAUGACCACCGUGGGAAACAACACAAUGACGAACAAUGGUACGGACGAUGAUACCAGUGGCGCUGGGAAGCGAUUGGGUGCUACAUUUGGCAUUUUGAGUACCGUUGCACUUGCGGCGGUUGUGUUUGCUUCUGUCAUUUUUUAG